GGAGCUCGCAUAUUCCACACUCCUCCAACCAAUCCUUUUAUGCCACCUCAUCCCAUUGAACCUUGUUAGUUAACUUCCAUAACGAUUUUACCGAGGUGGGGCCCCUGAAUAUAAACCAAAAUACACCAUUCUUUUUUUCUUUUUAAUAAACAAAGAAAUAACCAAGAAACUGUUUUCUUCUUCUUGUUCAUCUGUCACAUCUAUUUCUUUUUUUUUCUUCUCUUUUACAUAUAAUUAAUUUCGUUGAUAUUCUGAGAAAUCCGAAGCCUUCGAAUUCGAAGAGCAAGAGAACAGCACCACAUACAGAAAAAUGUCAAAUUUUGAAGAAAACAAUUCAGCACCGAAGAUACAUGUUGAGGCUCCGCCAAUUACUGAUCCAGCAAACAGCGGGAACCACCAGACUCCGCCACCGGCGGCCUCCUCAAACGACGGAGUGGUUGCCGGAAUCCUGAGACGGUGGAAGAGGGAAGAAUUGGUGAAGAAAGGGGCGUUGCCACUAAGAGUUGCCGCUCUGAUUUUUUCUCUGAUUUCGUUUCUUGUAAUGGCGUUCAACAAGCAUGGUGAUUGGAGAGACUUUGAUAAAUAUGAUGAGUAUAGAUAUUUGCUGGCUAUUGCAAUUUUGUCAAGUCUUUAUAAUGGAGGCAUAUUGUUUCUCAAAGUAAAAGGAAAACAAUUGCUUCAGCCCAGAAUGGCUGCUAUCAUUUACUUUGCAGGAGACCAGAUCACGGCAUAUCUGUUGUUAUCAUCAGCAUCUUCAGCAAUUCCAAUAACAAACAGAAUGAGAGAAAACUCAGACAAUAUAUUCACUGAUUCUUCAAGUACAGCCAUUUGCAUGUCCAUUUUUGCAUUCAUUUGUUUUGCAGUGUCAGCACUCAUCUCUGGCUUCAAACUAUCAACUCAACCUUAUAUAUGAAACUUUCAUUGAUUUUUUUAUUUUUUUUACCCGAUAAAAAUGUUUCACACUUUCAUUUAAUUGUGUAUACCAAUCACAUAUGUUACAGUGAGAUAUGGAAAGUUACUGAUUUUUUACCUAUACACCAAAAUAAAUGAAUUUUGCUCUAUUCUUGAGACUAUGUUAAUGGUGUUAAUUCUUACUAACCAAUUUGGCAGAACAAAAACCAAAGGUAAUGGCACAAGCAGUUCUAGAUUUUCCAUUUUAUUUCUUUACAGAAUAUAAUUAUUAAUUAUACCUCAAAUAGAAAAUGAAAUUAUUGACUUUAUAUUUGGAUCUUAGUGGUUUGAACAUUCCAACUUUGACCAAGUGAGUUUUUGACUAGUCUCUUUUCAGUGUAAUGUUGCCUAAGGGGACUAUGAAAUGAAAUUUUAUUAUGAAAUGAAAUUUUAUUGAAGUCCCAAUGAUGAUGUCACUACAAAUUAUUAAUCGAAGUUCCACUCUUCAAUCUCAACUAAUCUAUAUUGAAACUUGAAAGCUAAGAUCAGAAAUAGAAUACUAAAAACUGCAAGCACUGCACAAAUUUUACAAAGUAAUCGACUAUUAGAAUCUUAUAAAAGAAACCUUUUUCGCUUUCUUUCUGUGAAACAAAUACAACAAAAGAAUAAAAGUAUUCAUCAGCCAACAAAGCUGAUUAAAGAACCUUCUUCUGGUCAAACUUUCCUAUCACUAUGUCUCUAAUCUAAUACAUGUAAACAUUCUUGCUUCUUUCUCUG